GGAUAGGCCGGGGAUUUGUGUCGAGGAGCUUUUGGCGAAGCGAACAGUUGAGUUGAUUCUUGCGAGCCGGGUUGUGGGUUUGGAAGAGGAAUGGCGGCGAGCUUGGCCAACUUUUUUUUUUGUCUCCAACCGUUGACAAGUCUGGUCUGGGUAAGGAGCAGCAGCAGGGCUAGCAGACUAUUGCUGAUGGGCUCAGCUCAUGCGCGUUUUCGAGUCCUGUUCCUGCAUCAGGCGGUUUCUGCUUUCCCGUUUCUCUUUUGUCAUAGACCACAGUCACAAAGUUCUUUUGCCCAUUUCCCGUCCGUGUCUGAGCCAAGCGUCACUUGGUGGAGCCGCCACCCCAUUCCAAGCCGUCAAGCCUAUUGUUCGCCUCGUUUCGAAGCCUCCCCUUUGCCAGAGCUAGCUUCUCGAACCUUGGCGGAAAGUCGGGCUUGUGGAUGGAAUGGGCAGAGCGAGGUCCGACGAUCGCUGAAUUUUUCCCAGGAGGGCGCGCCGCUUCAGUUUCUCCGCCAGUUCGUAGCGCUCUUUUGCAAGUUGGGGAGACAAAACAGGCUGAAGACCGGCGUGUGUGCCUGCAGAAUCGAGCAAAGCGUAGGCUGGGGUGACUCAAGGCGGCAUAGCCCGGCGCAGGUAUUGUGCUGGUGGCCUGAAUGACGCCGCCGAGCAUAUCUCCGGCACGUCGUGGUGACAUGAUGCUGACGAAAAGAUGAAUGACUUGGAUCGGCCAAGAGGGUUGAGAUCCGCAUUCUGCGCAUAAGGUACCUGCCCUGU